AUGGCAAUAGUUGACUCGGAUUAUAAAUUUAUUUACGUAGAUAUAGGAGCGUAUGGUAAAGACUGUGAUUCUGCAGUAUUCAAAGAAACUGUGUUUUGGAAAUUACUCGAGACAAACAAGUUGGAUAUACCACAUGCUGAAACAGUUAUCACAAAUUACAAUCUACCAUAUGUUCUAGUAGGUGACGAGGCGUUUGCUUUGUCUACAAAUUUACUAAGACCUUAUGGAGGCAAAAACCUAUGCAUAAAAAAACGUGUGUUCAACUAUCGUCUCACUAGAGCAAGAAGAUAUGUGGAAUGUGCAUUCGGUAUUUUGGCGAAUAAAUGGCGAGUAUUGCACAGACCAUUAAAUGUUUCCAAGGAAUUUGCUAAAGAUAUCGUAAAAGCAUGUGUUAUACUGCACAACGUUGUACGAGAAAGAGAUGGAUUUCGUUCUGAAGGAGAACAAAUCAUUCAUAGAGGAUCUCAUGGACUAAAUAAUUUGGAACGUAUACCAAUACAUGGUAGAGGAGGGACAAAUGCAAAUUAUAUACGAGACAGUUUCGCAAAUUAUUUUAUAAGCCCAGCUGGAGAAUUGCCUUGGCAAUUAAAUAAAAUCUAA